AUGCAGCAUUACGGCGCUGGCUACGGUCUGGGGGCGCUUGGCAUGAUGUACGGUCUACACCAGCAGCAGCACCUAGCUCAGAAUCCAUACCUAAGUCCUGACUACCGCAGCUCUCUACACGCCAUCAGCCUAGCUGAGAGACUCGCAGAGGCACGGUAUGGCGUCCACCGGAAGCAGCGUCGCAGCAGGACGGCGUUCACCAAUCAGCAGCUAGCAGCGCUGGAGAAGACUUUUCAGAAGACGCACUACCCGGAUGUGGUGAUGAGAGAGAGGCUGGCGAUGUGUACGAACCUACCGGAGGCCAGGAUACAG